CGUCCGGACGCCAGCCGGAGCGGUGGCGGCAGAAAUGCACGGAGCCGCCCGCGUCCCGGCCACCUGCGUGAGUGCCGAUUGCUGCAUCCCCGCCGGCAUGCGCCUCGGGCCGGUGCCUGGAACCUUCAAGCUGGGCAAGUACCUGUCAGACCGCAGGGAACCCGGGCCCAAGAAAAAGGUGCGCAUGGUGAGAGGGGAGCUGGUGGACGAGUCCGGGGGCUCCCCUCUGGAGUGGAUAGGGUUAAUCCGGGCAGCCAGGAACCCCCAGGAACAGACUCUGGAAGCUAUUGCAGACUUACCAGGAGGACAGAUCUUCUACCAAGCACUUCGAGAUGUCCAGCCAGGGGAGGAGCUGACUGUAUGGUAUUCCAAUUCCUUAGCUCAGUGGUUUGACAUCCCCACAAUUGCAACACCGACACACGACGAGAAAGGGGAGGAGCGGUACAUUUGCUGGUACUGCUGGAGGACCUUUCGUUACCCAAACAGCCUCAAGGCGCACCUCCGUUUCCACUGCGUACUCCACAGCGGCGGGGGCCGCGCUUUCUUGCACCACCAGCACGCGGCUCGGCCCAGCGCUGCCCGGGCGGCGGAUGGCCUGGGUCUCUCCCCGAAACUCUCCACGCCCGACUUCGCUGCUCUGCGGCCCCACCCACAGGCUUUGCGACCCCAACAGGCCUGCGGGGCGCGGGAGCACAUCAAGCGCGAGGCCUCCUCGGCGGCUACGACCACCGCGUCGCCCCUGGGGAAGUGGGGGCAGUCCAAGAAGGGGAAGGACCAGGCGGAACGCGUCCCGGACAUGAGCGGGACGGCCCGGGGACACUUUCUGGGCAUCGUGGGCGGCUCGCCAGCGGGAGCGGGAGGCUUGGCUUUCUACCCGGGCUUGCGCUCCGCUUUCAAACCAGCCGGGCUGGCCAGGGCGACGGCGGCAGCGGCAGCGGCGGCGGUGGCCCAAGGCGACUCGUACCGGGAGGAGGGUGGCGGGAAGCCCGGCUCGGCUCUGUCCCUAGGCAGGCUGCUGGGCGGGGGGCGCCCCGGGGCCGAGGGCCACCCCCACCCCCACCCCCACCAGGCGCACCACCAUCAUCACCACUACCACCAUGCCAACAAGUGCCUGCUCUCGGGAGACCCCUCGCUCCCGGCUGUGCGCGGCUUCCCUCUGCUGCCCGGCCUCCCGGAGGAGGCGUCCGCUUUCCAGCAUGUGGAGCAGCGCGUCCCGCCCGGGGCCACCGCCGCCGCCUCUCUGUCCGGGGCGCGCUUCGCUCCGCUGCCUCCGAGCCCCGGGCUGCCGGCCCUCGACGUGGCUGGCUGGAAGGCCUGCUCGGGCGGCGAGUGCAGCCACCUGCCUGCCCAUGUCAUGCCGGCCUUCACCGUCUACAACGGGGAGCUCCUCUACGGCUCGCAGGCCGCCGCCGCCGCCGCCUAUUACCCGCUCAAGCUGCACUUCGGCGGGCUGCUCAAGUACCCCGAGUCCCUCUCCUAUUUCGCCGGACCCGCGGGGGCGGCCGCUCUGGGCCCGGCGGAGUUGGGCUCCCUGGCCAGCCUCGACCGCGAGAUCGCCGUGCACACGCAGCAGCUGUCCGAGAUGGCAGCGGGCAAAGGCCGCGGCCGCCUGGACGCGGGCUCGCUGCCACCCGCCGUGGUGGCUUCGGGGGGCGCUGGCAGCGGCGGCGGCGGCGGCGGCGGCGGGGCCGCGGGCAAGCCCAAGACCGGCCACCUGUGCCUCUACUGCGGCAAGCUGUAUUCGCGCAAGUACGGGCUCAAGAUCCACAUGCGGACGCACACGGGCUACAAGCCGCUCAAGUGCAAGGUGUGCCUGCGGCCCUUCGGCGACCCCAGCAACCUCAACAAGCACAUCCGGCUGCACGCCGAGGGCCACACGCCCUACCGCUGCGAGUUCUGCGGCAAGGUGCUGGUGCGCCGCCGGGACCUGGAGCGCCACGUCAAGUCGCGCCACCCCGGCCAGAACGCGCUGGCCCAGACCGUGCCCGGCCCCGGGACCGAGCCCGACUGCCCCCUGGCACCCGGGGAGCCCCCCAGCGACCACGAGAGCGACGUGGACGUCUGUUUCACCGACGACCCGAGCGACCCCGAGGCCGGAGGUGGCAGCGAGAGAGACUUGUAGGAGAGUCUUUUGGGGG